AGCCAAUGGCCAGUGGAAUCCCUGGGGGCCUUGGAGUGGCUGCUCCAAAUCAUGUGAUGGGGGUUGGCAGAGGCGGGCGCGGGUGUGCCAGGGGGCAGCGGUCACCGGGCAACAGUGCGAGGGCACAGGGGAUGAAGUCCGCAAGUGCAGUGACCAGCGUUGCCCAGCGCCCUAUGAGAUCUGUCUGGAGGACUACACUGUAUCCAUGGUGUGGAGAAGAACACCUUCAGGAGAACUGGCCUUCAACAGGUGUCCUCCCAAUGCCACAGGCACCACUAGUCGACGCUGCUCUCUGGAUCACCGGGGUGUGGCCUAUUGGGAACCACCCAGCUAUGCCCGCUGCAUAACCAAUGAAUAUAGAUACCUGCAGCAAUCAAUCCAGGGCCACCUAGCUAAGGGCCAGGGGAAGUUGGCGGGGGACGGGAUGUCUCAGGUGACCAAGACCCUGCUGGAUCUCACCCAGAGAAGGAACUUCUACGCUGGAGACCUGCUGUCCUCUGUGGAGAUACUCAGAAACGUGACUGAUACCUUCAGGAGGGCCAGUUAUGAACCAAGCUCAGACGACGUGCAGAACUUCUUUCAAAUCAUCAGCAAUCUCCUGGAGGAAGACAACAGGGAAAAGUGGGAAGACGCACAACAGAUCUAUCCAGGUGCAGUGGAGCUGAUGCAGGUCAUCGAGGAAUUCAUCCACAUCGUUGGCCUGGGCAUGAAGGAUUUCCACAACGCCUAUCUGAUGACUGGGAACUUGGUGGCCAGCAUCCAGAGGCUCCCGGCACUGUCUGUGAUGACUGACAUCAACUUCCCUAUGAAGGGACGUAAAGGCAUGGUGGACUGGGCCAGGAACUCUGAGGACAAGGUGGUUAUCCCCAAGGGCAUCUUUCUACCACAGUCUGCAGACAUGGAUGGAUCACCUGUUUUCAUCCUGGGGACUGUCCUGUACAAGACUCUGGGACUGAUGCUGCCUUCACCAAGUUCAGGUGAGGAACCACACGUGGCUCCAAAGUCAUUUGCUGUCACAGUGAGACCAGAGCCCAGGAUAACAGAGUCACACCUGGAGAUCGGCUGGCUCACCUGGCCAACGUAA